UUAAAGCAGAAAUUCAGUGCAGUCAAUUUUAUAUAAAAUUAAUAGUUCAGGAUCGUUAAAUGAAAAUAUAAUCCAAUCAGUUAAAUUAUUUAACCGUUUUCAACUAUAAGGUAAAGUUGAUUAUACAUUAAUUUUCCGGUGUUUAAAUAUUCAACCAAAACUUUUUGGUUCACCUGUCGUUAUUGUUGUUUAUAUAAAGUGAAAUAUUGAUGCACGAAACCCAUUAUGGUAGCUAGCUAACCUUUUCGAACCAUUAUUACAUAUCAUGGAGAUAGCAUGGGAUAUACAUGCUCCAAGUUAUAUUACAACUUUAAUUUUGAGAAAAAUCUAACUCAUCAUCACACAUGAGAAACCAAAAAGAGAGAAAACUCAUGAGGUUCAUGAAGGCACCCUUCAGGUUGCUAAUCAAGGCAAGGGACAUGUACGUACAAGGCAUGACCGAUUGCUCCGCCAGCAGCCACUUCGCCUACGUGGACGCCGCCAUGGGGUGCCCUACCGGCCAGCUCUGCCCUCUCCCUAGAAGCUUCAGUGUUAAUUCAUCGGCCCGGUUGAGCGCCAGUGAUGACCACGAUCUCUUCAUGGCUGCUGCUUCCCUUAGGAGACAGGAACGCAGCGGUAAUGGCAAUAGGAAUGAACACCGUGUUGUUGGGCGUUUAGGGGCCAGGAAAGUGCAUGGCCGUUGUAGCAUGACGAUUGGACGGAUUGAUGAGGACGAGGCGUGUGACUUUUCCGGAGAAGAUUUGGAGGUCAAGCAGCAUGUCUUUCCCCGAAGCAAAAGUUACGCUGCUUGGAGAGGAAGGGCCGUAGGGAUCUUCUAAAGUUCUAAUGAACAACAUAAAUGUAAGGGCAAAAAGUGGGAAUGGGAUACUCUCAAUUGUUAAAAAAAAAAUUGAAAGAUUAAAAUGUGAUUUUUAAUCUUUUAUUAUUUUUUUUUAUAUUUUUUCUUGAUCUACUUAUAAAAUUAGUGAUGAGAAAUUACAUUUUACUUCUUUAAUUAUUAAAAAGAAAAUUGAAAGCAUCCAUUCCCACAAAAGUGAGCUUAUUUUCUCUUAUAUAUUAAUCUUUAAUUUCUCUCCUAAUUAAAAUAUCUGUUACUUUAAAUUUUGGUAAAUGAAUAAUUUGAUAAAUGUAAACAUAAUUUUAAUAUAAUAAAGUUUUAAAAUGACAUAUUUUAAACGGAGAGAAUAUAUAUAAUGAUCUAUGUUCUUUUUUAUAUAAUUUUUUUAAUUUUUUUUUUUACAAUUGAUUUGAUGUAUUUAGCUUUAUUGUUGGCUGAAUUUAUUCCUGAGAUCUGAGAGACAAGGUUACAACUUACAGCCAAAUGCAUUUGUGC